AUGCCGUCUUUACCCUUGGCGGCAUCGGGAUUGGGGAGAGCGCCCCUGAGGGCCUUGGAUGAGCAAUUGCCCAUCGGUGACGAGACCGUCUGGUUUCCCAGGGGCAUGCUCAUCGGCAAGCAUGACCAAAAGCUGAAUAUCAAGCCGCACGACCCCAGGGACAGAAGCGAUGACGAACAGAUCUUCAUCCUGGAGCGCGGCCAGAUGCACGCGCUCUGCAGGUUCCUGUGGACGGGGAAACUGCUCCCAACCGAUCGCACUCAAGACACUCGCUAUCUGGGCCUCGUCAACACGUCCGUGAUCAGUACCGAAAUCUCCGAAGACUGCAUAGUGUUCAAGGACGAAACCUGGGACAAGCUCACGAUUCUCGCCGACAUAAUCAAGACGUAUGCCGUCCUCGCCGGCGGAACGGGGACAAGCUCCUAUUAUCAAGCCAUGCUGGAAUGGGUCGGCCAGUACAAUGAUGAGAAGGACAAGCCUGCACCAGAUCAGACAGUGCUUGAUAACCUAUCUAAGAGCAUCAAGGGAGCGAUUGACGACGAGCAGAAGAAGAUCACGCUCAUCCAAGACCAGGUUGCAAAAGCUCUGGAUGCCCUGGGCACCUUCCACGAUAACUGCAAGGUCUACGGGACCACGCUUCAGGGUGACGGAAAUUCCCUGCAAGGGCUUUUGAACAAAGAAGGCAACAACAUCGACAAGUUGCAGGCCCAAAUCGACCAGGACAGGACGGCGAUCGAAGACGCUCAAGCAAGAAUCGGCGCAGGCGAAGUCCUCGCUGCCUCUGUACCCAUUGGCACUAUUGCCAGUGCAAUCGUAGCAAACCAGGCGCAAGGCGACAUUGAAAAACUAGAGAGGAAGAUCAAGGACGUCCAAAAGGCUCUGGACGCAGAGGAAGCAAAGGUCUCGGACCUCGUCGAGAUUAUUGCACCUGCCAUUCUUACGCUCGAGGCGCUCCAGGGAGCCUGGGCCGGGAUGAGUGCCGACCUCCAGACGCUCUACGACUUGUUCGGGGACAGUGCGGAGAGCAUUCCGCCGAUGCUGCUCGAGCAGAGGCAGCUUGAGACCAUUGUAGAGUACAUUGAAAACUCCUUCAUGACUGAUGAGCCGAAGCAUCAGUCGAUGCAGGAGUGGCUCGACGAUGCGGAGAAGUACUUGGGUGAAGCCAAGGCCCGGCGCGCCAAGGGCCUGAACUGA